AUGGAGAGGGGCAACGCAAGCUAUUUCGAAGGCUUCAUCUUGAUGGGCUUCUCCGACCGCCCCCACUUGGAGCUGACCCUCUUCGUGGUUGUCCUCACUUUUUACCUGCUGACUCUUCUUGGCAACUUGACCAUCGUCUUGCUUUCGGCUCUGGAUUCCCGGCUGCACACACCAAUGUAUUUCUUUUUGGCCAACCUCUCAUUCCUAGACAUGUGUUUUACCACCGGCUCUAUCCCCCAGAUGUUGUACAACCUCUGGGGCCCAGAUAAGACCAUCAGCUUCAUGGGGUGUGCCAUCCAGCUCUACUUUGUCCUGGCUCUGGGAGGGGUGGAGUGCGUCCUGCUGGCGGUGAUGGCCUAUGACCGCUAUGCGGCGGUCUGCAGGCCCCUGCACUACACUGUUAUCAUGCACCCACGACUCUGUGGGCAGCUGGCCUCGGCGGCAUGGCUGAGUGGCUUUGGCAAUUCUCUCAUAAUGGCACCCCAGACGCUGAUGCUACCCCGCUGCGGGCACAGGCGGGUGGACCACUUUCUCUGUGAGAUGCCAGCACUCAUUGGCAUGGCCUGUGUAGAUACCAUGACUCUCGAGGCGCUGGCGUUUGCCUUGGCUAUCUUUAUCAUCCUGGCACCGCUCAUCCUCAUCCUCAUCUCUUACGCUUACAUUGUGCAAGCGGUCCUCAGGAUCCAGUCGGCUGCUGGGCGAAAGAAAGCCUUCAACACCUGCAGCUCCCACCUGAUUGUCGUGUCGCUCUUCUAUGGCACGAUCAUAUACAUGUACCUCCAGCCGGCAAACACUUACUCCCAGGACCAGGGCAAGUUCCUCACUCUCUUCUACACCAUCGUCACUCCCAGUGUUAACCCCCUGAUCUACACACUGAGAAACAAGGACGUUAAAGAGGCCAUGAAGAAGGUACUAGGGAAGGGGGGUGCAGAAGCAUAG